CAGGCCUGCCUCUUGUUAGGCAAGGGCCGCGGGGUUCUUCAUGGGGAAAGCCAAAAAGGCGCGCGCCUCGCGUCACGCCCGGCAUGACCCCGUAGGAUUUCCCUCAGGCCGGACCGCGCGUUCUUCUUCCUGUGCGGAUACAGAACAGGAAACAAGACAACAUGCGCAUCAACAUCAAAAAGCACAUAAGCUCUUGGAGGAACUCCGGAGUCCUGAUUUGGCAAGAAAGGAAGCGGCGGUCGUAGCCAUGGCUCAAUUGCUUGCUGCAGGAGAUGUGGAUGGAGAUGAGGAGGUGGCGGGCCUAAACGGGAACGAAAGGGCGGACCGAGGGCCAAUGAGGGCUUCCAAAGGGAGUGCUCGCUUUCGGGCCCUGAUUCACAAACUGGUGGACGGAGGCGCGGUUGAUUUAUUGAUGGAGCGCAUGUUUGAUACGGCAUCCACAGUCAGGCUGCACGGGGCAGGAGCAUUACGGAAUAUGGCGUCGCUGCGGGACCGACGCGUCACCUCCCAGAUGGUGCAAGCGGGCGUCUUAACCGCCGUGCUCGGGCUCCUCCAAAAGCAGGAAAAAGAAAUCAUCCGGGAUACAGCCAUUACGACGCAGGGCCUCGGGGUGCUUGUGGCCGUUUGCGAGGGGAGGGAGGCGGCGAAACAGUGCCUGGUCCGACAGGAGGGUUUGCGGCUGGUUCUGGCGGUGAUGAGGACGUACGUGGGCGCGAUGGGGACGAAGGGGGAGGGCACAAGACACCGAGAGGGGAUGCAAGCGGGAACAGGGGAAGCAGGAAGCAUGGUCAUCCAGCAGUGUGGACACGCCGAGAGGGUGGGGGAGGAAGGAAGGCUGUCGGUGGGGGCGGGGCCCGCGCAGGGGGAGACGCGCCCCCAACAGGGCCUCGAUGAAAGCCGGGAGGUGGUAGAUGAAGCGGUGGGCCUAUGCGCCCACCUCUUGUUCGUAGCCACGCGAGAGAAUUUCCCCGUGGUCGAGCGCCUAUGUUCGAUUCCCACCGCCCUCCCCUUCCUUCUUUCCCUCCUCUCCGCCCCGCCCUCCGAACCGUCCUCCUCCUCCCUCCUCCUCCCAUGUACCACCCGUCUCCAUCUCGCCGGCUGCCUGGCCCAUGUCUACCUCACCCUCCUCCCCGCCCAGUUCUCAGACGCGCGAGCCCGCCCGUUUCCUUCCCUUCCCCGACCCGACUUGCUCUUGCACGUCGUGAUGGAGCGCGGCGUGCAAGCGGGGCUGUGCGUCGAGAAAGCGGCCUUGGUGGGUGUGAUGACGGCGACAGAAAGGGUACGGGAUGCAAAAGCGGCGUUGGAGGGAGAAGGGAAGCGGGAGGAGGCGGAGGGAGCUCCCUCCUCCAGG